AUGAAGUUAAAUGUAUAUGCACUAAUAAAAGUAUUCGAAAACCUUUAAGUAGAGAUAGAAAAGAAAAUUUUUAUUGUGUUUCAUCUUAUAAUAAAGGAGAAAAAUUAAUAGCAGUACGUAAAUGGGAAGUUGGAACAAGACAAUGUGAUAAAUGUAAUUUUUAUAAAAAAUGUGGUCAGAUGCCUGUAUUUAGUGGAUGUAAUAUUCCUUCUU